AUGGACCCCGUAACCGAAGAUCUCGCCUCCCUCUCCCUUCAAUCCAGCCUCCCGCGCUCCACCCGCCCCAACCCGCUCCCCUGCCCGCUCAUCCGCCGCAUCGUCUCCUUUCUCGGCCCGCUGGAGUACCACCUCGUCGCCCCGCUGGUGUGUAAACAGUGGCACAGAUGUAUCCGACGGAGGAAACAUGAGGGCGAUGUGUGGGUGUGGAAUCCAAGGGUUGUGCUGGUCAAUUUGGUGCUGGUGCCGGAAGCUGUUAGGGAGAGUGACGAGGAUGAGGAUAAAGGCAAGCCGAGGGUCGGGGUUGUAGGGGAGGAGGGGAAUGGGGCGAGUGAUGAGGGGAGUGAUGGGAAUACCAAGGACGCGAACACGAAGGAUGCAUCGCGCACAACCCGCACAACCCGUCGCCGCCAAAAACGCCUCGCCAAAACCCUCAUCGAGCGUCCCGCGCCGUUACUGCACUGGACAUACCUCCCCAAAGAGAUCCGCGACGCGACGCAGGCGACCGUGGCUGGUGAAGGGAUGGUCGUGCAAGUCGGGCUGGAGUCGGUCCCGGGGGAUGAAGCGGAGCUGCGGGAGUUUUUGAACGGGCUGUUGGCAAUGUUGAUGUAUAGGGCGAGGGCGUGGCGGCCGACGGGGAUUGAACCUGGGAGUGGGGAGAAUGGGACGGCGGCGACGGCGGUGGAGUGUGGGGAGGGGGAGGCGUGUGGGGAUGAGAGGCGCGAUGUUGCUUCGGCGGAGGACGAUAAACUUGGGCGAUUAGCAGUAUCAGAAGGAGGAGGAGAAGAAAGCUACCGCCACGCCACACCCAACAUCUCCAUCGUCCCCUACCAAUUCACCCUCACGCCCCCACCGGGUGUCAUCUCCCCAGCGACGCUCGCCACCUACUCCCAAAAAGUCGCCCGGCUGCUUUCCCUCUUCUCGCCGCGCGUCCUCGAAGCCCACGCCCCCUUCCUCGGCGCGUUGAACGAUAUCCCCGCCAUGGCGGCGAGUGGAGCGGAGUGGACGACGCCGGUGCACCAUGUACGCGUGUGUGGCGUGUCGGGGAGGGAACGCGGGAUGCCGGAUAUCAAGAACAUCGGGCGGUUGAAGCACUUGGUUUGUUUGGAGGUCGAGGGGGAUAAGGGGAACACUGCCCAGGAUCCGUUUGUUAAGAAUGAGGGCACGGAUCCGUUAAGGGAGGAGACGGCGGUUGUGAAUGGCAAUACGCCACCCAUCCAACUCGGCAUCCAACACCUACUGCCUCUUCACGCCACCCUGCGCGAACUGCACAUCGACCACCGCGUGCCUUUACCGAUCGCCCAACAUACCGACCUCUGCAAUGUAGUCAUGCAGUUGCCCAACCUCAGCGUCCUACGCGUCGGGUACAUCGUUCAACAAAGCGAGACGACACCCGGAGGCGUGGCCCCUGCCACCCUCGCAAAACUGGUGUGCCAUCACCCGGGCCUGUGGGAGGUCGGUGCGCUUGUCGGGGUGGAUGAAGCGUUUUGGACGGCGGUGAAGGCGUUGCGGGGUGAAAACCGACAGGAGAAAGAAAAAGAACAACCCCUUCGAAUCCUCUCAAUCUCCCUCAACCCCACCCACACGUCCCUCCUCACCCUAUUCACGAGCACUCUCACCCAGCUUGCGGCCACCCUCCCGCACCUCCACCGGAUCUGCAUUGACCUCAACGCGGCCCCAGCGACUUCCAUCACCGCGCGGGAUGUGUUGGGUGUGUUGAAGAAAGCUAAAGGGGAGUGGGGCGGGGACAAUGGGAGUGGGGGCAGGAGGGUGAUGUGGAAGGAGGUUGUGGUGGAGCAGUGUGAGUUGGGGGUGAGUGAUGUGGCGGUGUGGGGCAAGAUGAAUUUGGAGGACGGGGAGGGGUUCAAGGUUAGGUGGAAGGGGGUUAGGCAGUGA